AGCACGGAGUUACAGCAGGUGUUUAUCUGUGACAUGGAAUGAGGAAGAAAGGGGUAAUCACGAGCAAAGGUUGGGUCAUACAGAUAAAAGUCUGGACUGUGGUUCCAUGGCUCCCUCUACAGAUGAAUUUCUGCAUUACAUUUAUGUGAACAGCAGUGCAGGCUCCUUGCUACUGAUUCUGGUGAAUGUGGGUCUUCUGGCAGCAGUAGUUCUCAUAUCCUGCUCCUUCUUCACCAAAAGGAUUCGGAAGAAUGGAAUGGAUUUGACUGAAAAUGCAGAGGAACGUCCGUCGUCUGAGCUCAUCAAGGUGACAAUACACAAGGACAACGACACACUGGAAAGUAACGGAACAAAGCCCGACGUCAUUCCUACAGAUGCUAAAAUAAAUGGAGAAACAAUGGACACAGAGAAGAACAUGCCGGGAACGCCGCCGCCGAUGAAUGGCGCAGUCUCUGGCUCGCUAGGUUCUGAUGCAACCUCUGCCAGUAUGAAGAAUAGAGUUCUCCCGCUCAUACCAAAGGACCAACCAGUGGCUCCACCGCCCCCGGAAGACGAUGACCAUCUCUAUGACAGUGUGAAUGAGAUAAAGGAGAGAUUAGCACAGCAAGCAGUAGUCGCGGCCCGCAGUCAGCUGGACACUGGAACAGAUAGGAAAAGCAAGGACAACUCCUCCAAGAUGAUAAGUAACAGUACAAGGGAAAACGAGGAUGAGUUGGGGACUCUAGAACGUAUAAACCCUCUUUAUGACUCAACGGAUGAUCUGAAGGAUCAGAUGUCACAGCAGGGACUGGUGUCUGUUAUCAGCAACCCUGAAACCAGCGAGAAAGACGCAGAGUGUGAGGAACCUCAAUCCGCAAGAAAGAUCGAUAAAAAAUCUCUUUAUUCUGUUGUGCAUAAAAAGAAACCAUCUGUAAAGAAACCACCAGUGGAGAAUACGGCAACACAGGAAAAUGGUCCUGGAGACUCCGCUUUGGAAGGAGCUGAUCUACAGGAGGAAAACAACCGAGGAACCGACGGUAACCAAACAGGUCACUUACCCGGCAUUCCAGGACAGAAGCCACCAGUCUGUUCCACUUCUUCGGUUACAUUAGCAUCUGUGCUAGACCGGUCCAAGAAGCGAAGUAUAAAAUACAACCCGAUGCCCAAUACGGUUGUUAGCAUCAGUAUUCAGGUUGACCGGGACCAGCCUCCGCCAGUUCCCACCAGGCGUUUUGAUAUAGAAAGUGAAAUGCAACAGCACACAAAUGAGGAGGAAACAGAAACAGCCAAUUAAACUACAGCCUGAGCUUCGACCCUUUCUGUUUCGCAGUCACAAAGACACACACGACAGACGCCCCUUUUCCUGCUACGGAGGGAGGACAAUCUAGUG